AUGCAUAAGCCAUCCAUUGUUCUGCAUCUCAUACGCUACAUCAACGUUUGCAUCAGCAUGUCGCCGCCGAGGGUGCUCACCAUCGCCGGAUCCGACUCGGGUGGAGGCGCAGGUAUCCAGGCCGACCUCAAGACAUUUCUCUCGCUGGGCACAUAUGGGCUUUCGGUACUCACCGCCUUGACCGCACAGAAUACCACCGGAGUGUCAGCCAUCCAUGCGUGUCCGCCCGAAUUCGUCAUCCAGCAGCUCGAAUCGGUCGUAUCUGACAUCGAGAUCGACGCUGUAAAGCUCGGCAUGCUCUGCAACCACGAUAUCGUAGCCGCGCUUGCUGACAAGCUUGCAGAGUGGAAACAGUCGACAGCUUCUCACGGUGGCAGCGGCGUGCCAGUCGUCUUGGAUCCGGUCAUGGUCUCCACCUCUGGCUCUUUGCUGCUCUCGGAAGGUGCUAUCGAAACGCUUAUACGCGACCUACUGCCGCUUUGUACCAUUCUUACACCCAACUUGCCGGAAGCACGACAGUUGCUCAAGUACGCUGCCAAAUUCACAUCACAUCAGAGAGGACCACGCGAGCUAGAGCUAGCGCAAGAGAAUGAGAACACAGAGCUACCUCAGAUGAUGGCCGCUGCAAAAAGCAUCGCAAGCCUCGGACCGCGAGCAGUGCUGGUCAAAGGAGGACACGCACAACUCAGCAGAUCACAAAUUACCGAGUGGCUUGAAACCGUUGACUCCGGGUCACAAGAGGUACAGCAGAUCAACCCACUGCCUUCUCAUCCAAGAGCAACAGCCUCUACGCAACGCUUUCCCCCGCGUGGUAGCAUGCCCGGCGAUACAAAUCUAUACGACGAUCUUACGAGGCUUGCAGGAGUAGACGGCGCCACCAUAACACGACGAAGUAACGUGACAAUUAUUCGUACCGAUGAACUUCCCUUCAGUCAGGUCCUGGACGGGCCUGCAGGUACGCCGAAUCAGGACAAGGUGGUAUGCGAUGUGCUGUACCAGCAAACAUCCGACGACAAAGGCUCUUAUGUGCUCUUUGUCAAGCCUCUCAUUGACUCCAACGCUACACACGGAACCGGUUGCACGCUCUCUUCGGCAAUAGCAGCAUCGCUAGCGCAAGGUCAUUCGCUCUUGCGGUCCACAGCGAUUGCUAUCGACUAUGUGCAGCACGCGAUCGCCAACGGUAUCCAAGACCUUGGCAAAGGGCCUGGUCCGCUUGACCACUCGUAUCCCUUCCAGCCGCGGGGACUCCUCACAGCAUCAACGUCGUCAGAUCUCACUAGCUCGUCUACAGCAUUCGCGCUCAACCGAAGCUUGAUCUCAAAUUCGAUCGAUGUCUGGAAAGCCUUUGUGCAACAUCCCUUCGUUCUAGGCCUUGCCGAUGGCAGUCUGCGCAAGGAGUCCUUCGAGUGGUUCAUGAAGCAGGACUACCUCUUCCUUCGUCACUACGCUCGCAUAUGGGCGCAGGCGGCCGCAUCGCCCGAAAAUUCCUUCGAAGAGGUCUCGACGCUUGCACAAAUGGCCCAGGCCAUGGCGCAAGAAGCCGAGCUGCAUCUGCGCAUCUGCCAGCAGAGCUUAGGCAUAUCGGCGACGGUACUCGAACACGAGACCAUGGAAAGUGCGGCGACGCUGGCAUACACGCGCUUUGUACUCGACACGGCACGAUCCAGCGACGGCCUUGACUUGCUGGUUGCAGUCAGUCCGUGUAUGGUCGGAUACGCGCAGGUCGGACUCUGGUGUGCACAGAAUCGCAAAGAGGAUCUCGACCCAGACUAUGCAGCUUGGAUCGAAGCAUACGCAGGCUCAGAGUUUCAAUCGACAGUCCAGCGAGCGAUGCGCUUGGUCGAGGCCAAAGCUGCCAAGGAUCCACCCUCACCGCAGAGGCUGCGCAAGCUGCAGACGACGUGGAACGCCGCCUGCCGUUUAGAGGCGGGCAUGUGGAGCGAAGCGGUCGACGCUCGUCUGCGCAACCUCGUUCUCGAAUCCUGA